UAAGGCCUGCCGGCCCGGCCCAAGUCAGUCAUUCACCGGACUACCAGCCCACCAUACACACACCAAACAUGAAGGCCUUUAUCGUGUUCGCCUGUCUAGCAGUAGCGACGGCCCGUGCCGGUAUCGCACAUGGUGGCAUCGGCUACGGUGGUUACGGCGGUGCUGGUUUGGCUAUCACUGGUCAUGGAGGUCUCGGCGGAGGUGCCGGUCUCAGCGGUGGACUCGCAGCUGGUGCUGGAACCGCUGCCUCCCUUCAGGGUGGUGCCUCUAGCUUGGGAUCUGGUGGUCUUGGUGCUAGCUAUGCUGCUGGUGCCGCGGCGGCUGCUGGAGCUGCUGGAGUUCAACAGAUUGUCUCUGGAGGAGUAGCAGGUGGCAGGGCCGACAUCGGACCGGCUGAAGGACCCAAGGCUAACGUAGGACCCCAGACUGGACCAUCCGAUCUUGCUGGACCCCAGGAAGGUGCCAAAUCCGUAGGUGGACCUCGUACCGGACCAUCCAGCUUGGUAGGACCUGCUGCUGGACCAUCCACCCUCGUAGGACCCUCUCAAGGAACCGCCACCCUCGUUGGACCAUCCCAGGCUACCGCUAGCCUUGUAGGACCUAGCUACGGUGGAGUCGCUUUCUACGCUGGUGCUGGUGGAAUCAACGGUGACGAUGGAAGCUCUGGCUCUGCUGCUGCUGCCGCUCCUGGUGGUGGCGCUGGACUUGGUGGACUCGCUUUGGGAGGUGCCGCUCUUGGUGGUGGACUUGGUGCUGGUCUUGGUGCUGGUCUUGGUGCUGGUCUUGGUGGCCCUGGUGCCAUCGCUGUCAUCGGAGGUGGACCUGGAAUCGCUGGUGGCAUUGGUGGACAUGACGCCGGAGUUGCUGUUAUCAAUGGCCCAUCUGGCGCCAUCCACGCCGGACUCGGCUCCCACGGAGCUAUCAUCCCCGCACCAAUUGCCAAGUGGUAGACGGUUCAAGACCCCAGCGAUCUCGGCUCGGCGACGGCGGCAAACCCACCACAGUCACUCACCGGUCUCCGGACGAUCCUCAAACGCGCUCACAACGUCUUCUUCCCAAAGCUUCGUCCAACCUCGGAACAUGGUAGGAACGCGCAUCGGUCUUAAAGUGGUAUAGCCUCUAUACUAUAUUCGGUGGUAGGAUGCGCUCGGCGCAACGGGAUCUUCGCUUCAACGAAAGGUCCCGUUGUUUCACCGAUCCGUCCUAGCCUCCCCUCGAUGGAUAGGCCGGCUCGUAUCGGCCUCGAGAGAAAGAGAAUGAAAGAGAGAGAGAGAGAGUGAGACGGAGCGAAAGAGAGAAAUCUAGUAUCAGAAUGAGAGAAAGAAAGAGAAAGGAGGAGAGAGAUAGAGAAAGGGAAAACGCAUCGUGAGCCCGGCCACUCGUGAUUCGCGGUACACUUUCCUUCUUUUGGAAAUUUAGUCAAUUGUCGCUUCGUACGACCACAACAAUCGGUCGUUACCGCGGUCGCCGGGCUCGAGAUCUCGCGCACCCACGAGCCGGUCAGGAAUCAGCCGCGUCUAAUGAGAUCUAACGGCGCGAGCCAAUUGCGAGCUAUACGCUAGCACGAUCGACCGGCCGCCGCUCUCGGCCAUGCUCUCGGCAAGUGGACAAGCUUUGGCGCUUCGUCGUCGGACCAACUGGGUCUGUUCUGUUUUCUGAAUACCCACCGUUGCUCCGGCUCGAACUCUUUUUCUUCUUUCUAUGUCUUCCACCAUCCGUAAGGCCGCUCUUCGCGCACACACAUACACACACUUUUUUUUAUUACUCUUCUCUCCCUCGAGCGGGGCUCGACGCCUCGUGUGUUGUUAUACUUACUGCCGCACCCAAGCAUACAUAUUAUUAUUACAUUGCUCGUCCAUGCGCAUUAUAUGUCUCUUCUCUUUUUAUAUAUAUAUAUAAAUAUGUAUACAUACUACUACUACUAUUCUACUUUUCUUCGCGUAUCUAUAUAUAUAUAUAUAUAAACACAUUGCCACACACGCGCGCACACACACCAUUACCAUAUGUGUAUUCGUACAUAUACACACACUACACAUAUAUUAUAUUAUUAUGUUUAUAUGUUAGUGAAAAGGAGAGACCGGUAGAUUAUGGUAGGUCAGCCCUUCCCGUGAGCGAACGAAUGUAUAUAGAUGGCGCGCCGCCGCCGGCCCCCGACCCCGCCCGCCCUCGUCAUACCCUUUCUUUGCGAUCACGACUAGCACCCCACCACCACCAUAGAUAGAUACCACGUAUUUAUAGCGUUUAUACAUUUAUACAAUACUUUAUAUAAAAUAAAGCAUCAGUAUUUAAAAA